ACUCCACCUAGGUAGCAACCCUGCUUCCCAGGCAGGUUUUGCUGAGCACUCUGCUCAGUUACCUGGCUGAGAUGAAAUCUAGCUCUGGGGGUACCUCCCCACAACUGCCUUUGAAAUAGGACACCUGUGAAUCCCUCUUUGUGGGGUUGUCACUUUGGGGCUUGAAGAGUCUGGUGUUUUGCAGGCUGGAAAACGUGGAGCAACUGGUAAUGCUGGUGGAGUAGCAAAGCGAGGACCGCAGCCUUCUGGAGGGAGACGUGGCAAAGGAAUCACAGCCAGCAUGCUGCAGUUCUUUUGGCCUCAAUAGGAAAAAUGAAGGUAGCUUCUACUGGUAAAGAUCACCUUUAAAAGGGAACAUGGAUUUAAUAAACUCAACGGAACAAAACAGUACGUCAGAAGAACUAUUCAAAUGGGUGACAUCCAAGAUUCUCAUUUCCAUUACCUUGUCUGUACUUGCGCUAAUGACAACAGCCAUCAAUUCUCUUGUGAUGACUGCAAUAAUUGUGACAAGAAAGCUCCACCACCCCGCCAACUAUUUAAUCUGCUCUCUUGCAGUGACUGAUUUCCUUGUGGCAGUCCUAGUGAUGCCCUUCAGCAUUGCCUACAUUGUAAAGGAGACAUGGAUCAUGGGGCAAGUGGUGUGUGACAUUUGGCUGAGCGUGGACAUUACAUGCUGCACGUGUUCCAUCUUGCAUCUCUCUGCCAUUGCUUUGGAUCGGUACAGAGCAAUCACGGAUGCUGUGGAAUAUGCACGGAAAAGGACGCCGAAGCAUGCUGGCAUCAUGAUUGCAGUGGUAUGGAUCAUAUCCAUUUUUAUCUCCAUGCCGCCUUUGUUUUGGCGGCACCAGACAACCAGCAGGGAUGAUGAAUGCAUCAUCAAACAUGACCACAUCGUUUUCACCAUUUACUCUACGUUUGGCGCCUUCUAUAUCCCACUGGCCUUGAUUCUGAUCCUUUAUUACAAGAUAUACAAGGCAGCAAAGACAUUUCACAGAAGAAGCGUCAGCCGGAUCGUCAGGGAGGAGGUAAAUGGACAGGUCCUUUUGGACGCAGGUGAAAGAAGCACCAAAUUGGCUUCAAUGCCCAGCACAACAGAGAAGACAUCAGAUCCACUGAUGGACUGUGAUAAAAUCAAUAUCACCGUACAAAGCCCCAGGUCUGAAUCUAAGCACGAGAAGUCCUGGAAAAAACAGAGAAUCUCUAGCACAAGAGAGCGAAAGGCAGCAACUACUCUGGGUCUGAUCCUGGGGGCAUUUGUGAUCUGCUGGCUCCCUUUUUUUGUAAAAGAAGUAGUUGUUAAUACCUGUGAAAGAUGUCACAUCUCAGAAGACAUAUCUAAUUUCCUAGCAUGGCUGGGAUAUAUCAAUUCCCUUAUUAAUCCUCUAAUCUACACAAUCUUUAAUGAAGAUUUCAAGAAAGCAUUCCAGAAGCUUGUGCGGUGUAGGCAAUAUUUCUAAGAGC